CUGGUAUCUGAGUGAUUCCCAGGGCCCAGCAAAGGGAUCAAGUUUCCAGAGCCCUGAAGACAAGGGGUAACACACCAAAAUACGGACUCAUUUUCCACUCCACCUUCAUUGGCCAAGCAGCUGCCAAGAACAAACGCCGCAUCUCUCGAUACCUGGCAAACAAAUGCAGUAUUGCCUCACGAAUCGAUUGCUUCUCUGAGGUUCCCACAAGUGUAUUUGGGGAGAAGCUUCGAGAACAAGUUGAGGAACGGUUGUCCUUCUAUGAGACUGGAGAGAUUUCGCGGAAGAAUCUGGAUGUCAUGAAGGAAGCCAUGGUUCAGGCAGAGGAGGCAGCUGCUGAGACUGCUAGGAAACUGGAGAAACAGGAGAAGAAACGCUUGAAGAAGGAAAAGAAACAACUGGCUGCGCUUGCCCUUGCUUCUUCAGAAAACAGCAGUAGUACUCAGGAGGAGUGUGAGGAGACAGCUGAAAAACCCAAAAAGAAGAAAAAGCAAAAGCCCCAGGAGGUUCCUCAGGAGAAUGGAAUGGAAGACCACCCAUCUAUCUCUGUCUCCAAACCCAAGAAAAAGAAAUCUUUUUCCAAGGAAGAGUUGGUUAGUAGUGAUCUUGAGGAGGCGGCCACUGUCAGCAUAAGCCUUCCCAAGAAGAAAUCUUCACCAAAGGAGGAAGCAGUAGUCAGUGAUCCCGAAGAGACAGGCAACAAGAGUGUCUCUAAGAAGAAAAGGAAACUCUCUUCCAAGGAGGAGACAGUCAGCAGCGGGCCUGAAGAGGCUGCUGGCAGCAAGAGCAGCUCCAAGAAGAAGAAGUUCCACAAAGCGCCCCAGGAAGAUUAG